GUAAACGACGUCGUUUUAGAGCUAAAGAGCUUCACAGUCUCGUCUCUCUCGCGCUCUUCGUCGAUUACAGUUUCUUCAGCCUGCAACUCAAGAAUGCUUCACUCUCUCGUUCAAACCACUCUCCCUUCGCCUUACCAAUUCACCUCCUUCCGCUUCAACUUACACAAUUUCGAUUCGAUCAAUCUUCUUCCCAAAACCCUUUUCCCUGAUUUUGGACGCGAAUCCAAAAAUUCCUUCAAAACAUUCAUCAUUUUCCACAAAAGAUUCAGUAAAUCCCGCUCCAACAGGCUCAAUUCGUCGAUCGUCGCUCACGCUUCUUUAAUCGAGGCGCCGAUUUUGUGGGCUGGUAGAGUUUGCAUCUUCUAUGCCCUUCUUAGAGUUGGUUUGGCUGGAUCUCAAUCUAAUCCACUUGUUUCAGAUUUGGAAUUCUCCGAUGGGGAAAUUAUCAGUGAUUUGGGGUUUUCUAAGUGGUUGGAAGUUGUAAGAGGAAAGCCAGUGGAUGAAGCAGUUGAUAAAAGGAAACUAGUGAGUAAAUGGCAUCCUACCACAAAGGGUACCCUCAGAAGGAACUACCGGGUACCUUCGAAAUCCGAAGGACGACGCCUUCUUAAAGCCAUCGCAUCCCUCCUUUCCGAUGACGAUCACUUCAUCGACGCCACUUCCCACAAGGGUUGUCAAAUCAGGAGGGAAAGUGCUCAUGGGGAGAGUGUUUGCUGCAACAAUGUGAGAGCUCUGUUUGAUGAGCUUCCAACCCCACAUCUUACUGUGGAAAUAACUCCAUUCCCUGCUGGGCCUCUCAAUCAAAAGGAUUACACCAAGGCUGAGAAACUAGAGAGAGUGCUCAGAUCUGGCCCUUCUGUUUGAGACACUCCUUUUACACCUCUCUGUAUUUUGUAUCUCAACUUCUCUGUAUAGCGUUUAAAGGAAUCAAUCUCGACCGGGACAUCGUUUUAGACAUUAUAUUAGCGGUUUCUAUUUGACUUAAAAA